AUGUGGAACGCACUUUUCGGAAGAUCGUCCAGCACGGAACCUACGGCUCCCAUUCCAACCGCUUUAGAGGUGACAUUUACGCUCAAUGGCAAUCAAGUGACCGUUGGUGAUGAGAUUGCCGAGGGCACGUCUUUGAACGCGUACAUCCGCGAUGUGGCGAAACUUAAGGGAACCAAGUUCAUGUGCACUGAAGGAGGCUGCGGAGCGUGCGUUGUCGCUGCCACCGCGGAACACCCUGUUACAAGGGAGCGAAAAACCUUCUCCAUCAACUCGUGUUUGGUUCCGGUCUUCGCGUGCCAUGGAUGGGACAUCAGGACGGUGGAGGGCAUUGGCAACAAACGUGACGGCUAUCACCAGGUGCAGGCUAAUCUGGCGCAAUUUAACGGCACACAGUGUGGAUUCUGCUCGCCAGGAAUGGUCAUGAAUAUGUACAGUUUGGUGGCGGACGGUAAAACCCCGACCAUGGCUGAGGUUGAAAACUCUUUCGGCGGCAACAUCUGCCGCUGCACAGGCUACCGUUCCAUCCUGGACGCCUUCAAGGCCCUCGCGACGGACGCCACCCCCUUGAUGAAGAAACAGUGCGCCGACAUUGAGGACCUGUACAAAAUAUGCUCGAAGACGGGCAAGGCCUGCUCGGGUUCGUGCAAGAAGGACACGUUCGAGGAAGUGAAGGUCAAGUCUGUGAAGGUGCCAGCUGCCAACUGGUACAAGGUGGCAUCGUUUGACGAGCUCUUCUCGGUGAUUGCGUCGCUCGGCACGGCCACGUACCAGUUGUCGGCCGGAAAUACGGCUGAAGGCGUCUACCGCCACUACAACCGCCAGUUCGACGCCCGCAUCGACGUUAAGGACGUGCCUGAGCUGAGGGGCGUCGUCGCGGGGGGCGGCUUCUUCCAAAUCGGAGGCAAUACCACCCUGACCGAGGCCAUCGCAGCCUUCAAAACUCAGGCCAACACCUCUGGCUUUGAGUACCUCAGCCAGAUCGCUGACCACAUCGACCUUGUUGCCAACACGCCAGUCCGAAAUAUUGCAACACUUGCUGGGAAUUUGAUGCUCAAGAAGCAUCACCCCGAGUUCCCUUCAGAUAUUUUUGUAAUCAUGGAGGCUGCUGAUGCCUCCAUCGUCGUUCAUACCAGCACUACUGGCUAUGAAUUCGUUAAAAUAAUUGAUUUCUUAAACUACGACAUGACUGGAAAAGUCAUCCAGAGCAUUUACUUUGACCCACUCGAUGGAAAUCACCGCUUCAGGACUUUCAAGAUCACACCAAGAAAACAAAACGCCCAUGCGUAUGUAAGCGCCGGAUUCCGCGUCCACGUCUCGGACACGACCAACUGGACCGUCGACCAACAGCCCCGCAUCGUCUACUGCGGCAUCAAUCCGGACUUUCAUCACGCGACCAACACGGAGAACUACCUGAUGGGCAAAAACCUACUGGACCCAGCCACCGUCCAAGGGGCAAUCAGCACCCUGGCAGCCGAGCUGCAGCCCGACAACCAACUGAUCGACGCCAGCCCUGAGUUCAGGAAGCAGAUCGCCCAGGGUGUCUUCUACAAGUUCCUGCUUGGCCUUGAUCCAACCAGGGUGGCUGCAAACAAGCGUUCCGGCGCCGACAACCUGAUCCGACCGCUGUCCUCGGGAAAUCAGGACUUUGAGACAAACCCUGGUGUUUACCCACUGAACGAGCCAAUUCCCAAGCUGGAGGCGGCCGCGCAAACCGCCGGCGAGGCAGAGUACAUCAACGACCUGCCAGAGCGACCUGGCGAGUUACAUGGUGCUUUCGUGCUCACUACGCAGGCCACGGGCACAAUCACGUCCAUUGACGACUCAGCUGCCCUCGCCACCCCCGGAGUCGUGGCAUUCUUCAAGGCAGCCGACAUUCCUGGCACCAACUCUUUCACCCCGCAGACUCUUCCCCUAUUUGUCGAAGAUGAAGAGGUUUUCUGCAGUGGACCAGUGCGCUACGCUGGUCAAAUCGUGGGUCUGGUUGUCGCCACAAGCAGAAUGGCGGCCACCUUGGGAGCCGGAUUGGUCAGCGUUGCUUACGCAAAAGGUGAAAAGCCGGUUCUGUCGGUCGCAGAGGUGAUGAAGACGGCUACCAGCAGAACGCACGUUGUCAAGAAAAGCGAAGUAAAAAAGGAAAAAGUGAAAGCUGCCUUCAACAUCAACGGCAGCUUCGAGAUUGCCAGCCAAUACCACAUGCACAUGGAGACACACACUUGCGUCGUGGUGCCUACCGAAGACGGCUACGAUGUGUACUCGGCUUCGCAGUGGAUCGAUCACAUCCAGCAAGUCAUCUCACAAGUGCUCAACAUCACCGAGAGCACCGUGAACGUUGCUGUUCGCCGUCUCGGCGGUGGCUACGGGGGCAAAAUCUCCCGACCAGCCCAGGUGGCCGCUGCCUGUGCUUUGGCUGCUCACAAACUAGGCAAGCCUGUCCGCAUCGUCAUGAGUUUGAGGACUAAUAUGGAGGCAAUGGGCAAGAGGUUCCCUUACGUUCACAAUUACGAGGUCGGCGUGGACACGAACGGAAAAAUCGAGUACCUGACCUCAGAGUGCCUCCAGGACAACGGCUUCACGUUCAACGAAGCCCCACUACCUGAGCUGACCGCCUUCUACCCCAACUGCUACGAUUCAAGCACGUUUAAUAUGAACGUGCAGAUGAUCCGCACAGACAAGGCGUCCAAUACGCCUUGCCGUGGUCCUGGCACCACUGAGGGCGUCGCUUUCAUCGAGGAGAUCAUGGAGCGCAUCGCCAGGGUGACCAAACUGGACCCUCUGCAGGUGCGCCUGAACAACAUGCUCCUGGUGGAAAACCCGCUGCCUACCAUGAUCGAUGACCUCAAGGUGUCGGCUGACUACGACAACCGCAAGGCCAAUGUCCAGGCCUUCAACUCUUCAAACAGGUGGAAGAAGAGGGGGAUGGCGAUUGUGCCCAUGCAAUACCGUUUCCCCGUUGGUGGAAACUACAGCGCCAUUGUGUCCAUCCACCACGGUGACGGCUCUGUGUCCAUUGCGCAUGGAGGUAUCGAGAUGGGCCAAGGCAUGAACACAAAGGUCGCUCAAGUUGCAGCCCACAUCCUGCAGAUUCCGCUGAGUAAGAUUUCCAUCAAGCCCAGCACCUCUCUGACCUCGGCGAACAACAUGGUAACCGGAGGCAGCAUUGGCAGUGAAGCAGUCUCUUACGCUGCCAUGAAAGCGUGUAAUAUACUUUUGGAACGUCUCGCACCCAUCAGGGAGAGUUUGGGCAACCCGACCUGGGAGCAGCUUGUGCAGGAAGCCUACUGGCAAAACGUUGACAUGAUUGCCACGCACAUGUUUGCCCCUGGCCAAGAGGUUUCACCUUACAACAUUUGGGGCGCGGCCAUCGCCGAAGUGGAAGUGGACAUCCUGACCGGCGAACGCCAAGUGCUCAGGGUGGACAUCGUCGAGGACGUGGGUCAGAGCCUGAGCCCACUUAUCGACGUCGGCCAGAUCGAGGGCGCCUUCGUCAUGGGCAUGGGCUACUGGCUCACGGAGGAGCUAAAGUACGACCCUAACAGCGGACGCCUCCUCAACACCAGGACAUGGAACUACAAAGUGCCUGGUGCGAAAGACAUUCCUGCCGACUUCAGGAUCAACUUCAGGAAAAAUGCUUCUAACCCUCUUGGCGUUCUAAAUUCGAAGGCAACUGGUGAACCAGCGCUCAACAUGUCGAUUGUGUGUUUAUUUGCGCUGAGAAAUGCCUUGGACUCAGCUCGCGUUGAUGCUGGAGAUGCGUCUGAUUAUUAUGACAUCAAGCUGCCGGCAACCGUUGAAACUGUUGCAAUGACAAGUCUGACAGAUCCUACCCAGUUUACAUUUGAUUGAUUCACGAAUUAAAAAUAAAAAUCAAUCAUGCAGAUUAUUUAAAAUAAAUUUAUAUUCGUAAUUGAAAA